AUGGCCGAAAAAAGCAACGAGAACUUUCAGAUCCAGAAGCUCUUCAAUGUUAAAGACAAAGUUGCCCUCAUCACCGGCGGUGGCUCCGGCAUUGGGCUCAUGGCCGCCCAGGCACUGGCUGUGAAUGGAAGCAAAGUCUACAUUACGGGCCGGACAAAAGAGAAGCUCGAUCGAGUUGCUGAGAUCUACAACAAGAACAUCCCCGGUCAGAUUAUCCCCAUCGUGGCCGAUAUCACGGACAAGGCCUCGAUCGACGAACUUGUCAAGAACAUUAGCUCUAAGGAAUCAUCUCUCGAUAUCCUGAUCAACAACGCCGGUAUUUCAACUGGCAGCCAGGACACCGAGCAAGAAGAUCCCCACAAGCUUCGAAGGUCGCUCUUUGAAGAUGACGCGGCCGACAUCCAGGCCUGGGAUGAUACAUUCCGCACCAAUGUCACGCAGCUCUUUUUCACCACCACUGCAUUCCUUCCACUCAUCCAGAAAAGUACCGAGAAGCACCGCGGAUGGUCCGGAACCGUCAUCAAUAUCUCAUCCAUCUCGGGCAUUGUGAAGGUCUCACAGCAUCACUUCGCAUACAACGCGUCCAAGGCUGCUGCAAUUCAUUUGACCAAGAUGCUUGCACAUGAAAUCACCUCGUCUAGCUUGCGGAUCCGUGUCAACAACAUUGCCCCGGGUGUCUUCCCCAGCGAAAUGACCGCCAAGCAGAGCGACGAGGCGCAGAAGAGCUCUCUGCCGAAAGAGCAAUACGAGGGCAAGGUCCCUGCUGCCCGACCGGGUAAGGAGGAAGACAUGGCGAGUGCGAUCCUUUUCGCUACUACCAACCAGUAUUUGAAUGGCCAAACUGUUGUAGUGGAUGGAGGAUAUGUAUUGGCUGCAGGAUCUCUUUAA